AUGUUGAUGGGUUGUUACAUGGGUUCGUUUCCUGUAGCAGGUUUCGACGUCGCUUGCCGAGCGGAAUACUUACGCGCCAAGCUUGAUCUUCUCCGAUACAAGGACCGAUCGACGUCAGUUCUCCUGAUAGUCUCGCUAGCUGGGAUCAAAGUAUGCAGUCCAGAUGGGAAGCGGGUGCAGAUGGCCCACGCGUUGAGGCGCAUCUCGUACGCCACGUGUGAGCCGCGCCACGGCCAGUUCAGCUUCCUGGCGCGCGAGCCAAGGGCCCACUUCAGCGUCCAGUACUGCCACUCCUUCAUCACCGAGUCCCCAGAGCAGGCCGAGGAGCUGAACAAAAUAGUCGGCAAUGCCUUCCGCAUGGCGUACGUGGCGCAGCUGCAGCGCCAGCCGAUUCAGCUCCAGGAUGUGAUUAACUCCAAGACCGGCUCGUCGCACUUUCGGAAGGAGAAGCAACAGGAGAACCGGACCGCCGCCGCGUGGAGCAAAACUCUGGUCGACGGCGACUCGACGGUCAAUUGUACCAGCAGCGGUAGCAAAGGCAGCAACGUCGUCGUCGCCGGUGGUGGCGGUGACGGCGGCUGCAGGAGCCUAUCGCCGGGUCUCUGGGAGCCGGGCCACCAGCAGCAGGUGCAGGCCUCCCCGAGCAGCACCGACAGCAGCGGCAGAAGCAUCAGCAGCAGCGACGACGGCGCCAGCUCCGCCAGUCCUACUGCCGACAUGAACAUACAGCUAGGUAGCGCCAAUUCGCCGACCCUUCGGCUCUCCAGCGUCAAGACGCCGAACUCGAUCCCGGGGCUGAGGUCGUCGCACAACUUUGGCAGCGUGCUGGGCUCGCUAGACCACCACCACCACCACCACAACCAUCACCACGACGACGACGACGACGACUGCGGGACCCAAAAGAGCCUGUCCCAGCAGAGCACGCCCAGCAGCGACGAGAGCAACUCGCCGACCGAACUCAACACGUACAAGCGGCUCGUGGACAAGCCGCCCCUCAUCAAGCGACUCGCGAUGGGACUCACCGGCGGCCGGGACACGUUGGGCCUGAGCAACGAGGACGACAAUUGCCCGCUGGUGAGCGGUGGCAGCACGCCGACCUCGCCGACGACCACGAGGCCGCACUCGGGUGGCUACAUAAACGAGGCCAUCAUUGAGUCGGACAACUGCAGCAACGGCGGCUCGACGACCACCCCGAGGCACUACGGCAAACUACUGCCCGCCACGGACAAACUCGACGACGGCCUCGACUCGACCACCGGCCCCAAGAAUUUCAAUAUCGAGAACAACAGGUUGACGCAAAACUCGUCGAGCACCAACGCGACGGACACGGAUUUCAAGUCGAAGCAGAGGCCGCAGCCGAGCGGCACCACGUCGACGAGCGGCGGAUCGGCACCCGCGGACGGCACCAACCGCCCGGCGCCCACGCCACCCCCCCUCCCCAGACGGUACGACAGCCUGAGCACGCGCAACGAGGAGGGCGAGCUCAGGAGGGCGCCCUGGUUCCAAGCUGGCAUACCAAGGGAAAUAACGCUGGAGGUGCUGAGCCACGAGCCGGAGGGCGCGUUCAUGGUGCGGGAGAGCACGAGCAAGCCCGGCUGCUACGCGCUGUCGUUGCGCGUGCCCCGCGAAUUCCAGCCGAGCGGCAUCGCCCAUUAUCUCAUCAUGCGCACGAACAAGGGAUACAAAAUUAAGGGCUUCACCAAGGAGUUCACGACGCUGUCGGCGCUGAUAACGCACCACUCGGUGAUGCCGGAGCUGCUGCCGUGCCCGUUGUCCUUGAGCCGUUACAACCCGAGUUUCGUGAAAGCGGACUCGAGCAAGGACUUUGCGGACAUAGACUCGGACCCCGACUACAACACCCUGGCCGACUUUCGCAAGAUGAUGGCCGACCUCAACGUCUAGGACCGAUGGGCCCGUCCUUUACUUUUUUUCCUCCUGUUUUCUGGAAAACGGGGAUUUGCGAGGUUCACGGGAACCAACGGUUAUUCGUCUAUGGACAUUGUAUCGCGAUACUGCGCGCUUUUGUCGUCCCCUGUAAUGUUUGUGCGUAUAUGAAAGAAGAAAUAAAAGGAGCGCGGAAAACCAUAUAGAGCCCAAGAGAAAGGCAAGCUUGAUUCGUUUUUUUUUUUUUUCUUUGCUCGUGAGUGG